UAAGGUUGCCAGAGCUCAACGAGGGGGGUGGGGUUAGGGUCGGCAACGCGCAUGUAACUCCUCUGGAGUUGCAGGUGUACAUAGGCUACGGAGACUGCUUACCAUCAAGCAGGCCGUAUGCUUGUUUGCCACCGACGUAGUAUAAAAAAAAAUGUUACAGCUAUUUUGAAUAAAAAAAAACAUUUCCUACGUGAUGUCAUUCAAGGCCAUAAUUCGCGCCUCAACUAAAUGUCUUAGAUGUAGCUUACAUAAAACUUGGUAUAAAUUAUUUGAAAUUUAAAAGUUAUUUGUAAAGGAGUGGGCACGUACUUCACGAUAUAGUUAUAUACGGGCUUCAGAUAAUAGUAGUAAAAUUUAUGUGAUUUGUCGUUUGAAGACAUCGGUUUUAGAAGUAUUUUUCAAUAAAAGCGCUUAUUAUUACCACAAGUUAUUUUUGCAAAAAAUAUUUAGCCGAAUUUAAGUUUUUUUGUGGAGCGUCUCUAGCCUCCAGAACGUCAGAUAUAAGAAAAUUUUAGUUUUACUCUAUACUCAAAUUGUAAAUAAGCGCGUAGUAGGCGAAAUACAAUUAAGUAUAAAGAUUUUGUAAAAUUAACUCUAUUUUUUUAAUUUUUUAAGUUAUUACUUUUUACCAUUUGACCUCACAGUAAACUAAAUGAUUAAACUCAGCAGAUGCAGUUAAUUUUAUUAUGUCUAAUUAAUAACACGGGUUUGUGAUUUUUGAAUAUUUUGUUUUUGUUAAUUGUUGUCAUAUAUUUUUUUUUUUUUUGUCCGUCCUUUUAGUUACUUGUAUAAAAUAUAUAUAUAUGUUUUUAUUUUGCCGUUAAGUUCUUAAAUAGGUGUAGAGUCAGACCAAGAUAAGUUGGCAGCGAUUUUGAUUUCCCGCACAUUGCAAGUGUUAUUUUAAACGUCAAACAUUUAUGAAAUUAUGACUAUAUUAUGUCGUUUAUUGAACACAUGCACAGGCUGGGCUAUCAAAAUUAUUGCCAACUUGGCUUGGUUUGACUCUAAAACAUAUCAUUUAAGUCAUACGUUUGUUGCAAAAAUAUAAAAACACUAAUAUAUAUUAUAGUGCACUACCUAUAGUAGGUAUUUGCAAUACAAAAGCACAUAAUUUAUAGCAUUUUGGUGCAUUUAAAUACAACAAAAUUAUUAGAAUUGUACUUAAUAUUUAUUUGAUAAAUUGGUGUGUAUGAUAAUAAGAUAAUAUGGGUUAUUUCAUUUGUCACCAUGCCAUCAAGUUGUUACAAUUGGUAACAGUAACAACUGAGAUUUUUCCUCAUGUUUCUAAUAGUAACUACUGGGAAUAAUAAUUCAGUGAUUUUACCACUAAAGUAAAAGGUGGUGUGGUAACGACGAGAAUACCUUUUAUCUUUUUAAUCUCUAUAUUUUAUCUUUAUAAAGAGAUCUGUUUAAAAAUUAAUAAUACUCUUUUGGUCACAAAAUUAAGCUGUAUUUUAUAAGAAUUACUGGCGUAAAAAUGAAAAUUUUAAUAUAAGAAUUAGAAGGUUUAAAAUUAAAGGUAAAAAAACAUCCGUCAAUGUUUUUGCUUUUAAAUUCUAGAUUAUUUAAUGAAUAUAAAUGCCUAUUUGGGCUAUUUGUAACUAAAGUAAAAUUAUGUUAUAUUAUAAUAUAUAUGUUGUUCAAUUCUGUAAUGUUAGCGGUUAGAUUAAGAAUAAAUAAAAACAUUAUUACCAAUUUUUAUUUAUACUCCGGCAAGCUAGCUUUGUCAGUAGAAUAAAGCGUCUUUUGUGAAAAAUAUAAUUCGAUCACCCAUAUAUAUUUCCUCGCCUUUUCCUACCGAUGAAAUUGCCUUGCCAGAUAUCUUAUUUUUUAUAACCUUUAUCCAGAAAUAAAAAAAGAUUUUAAUUCCGCUCUCGUCCCGUGAGCAGUAUCAAAACGCAAAUAUUCGUUCAGAAAUGAUAGUCGGAAAUUAUGGAAUGUCUUUUGCAUACGUGUGACAUUGAUUCCCGAACGAACUCUAAACGUCAAGUCAAUAUGUACGUCAAUAGCAAUCAACAUACUCCGCAAAAUAAUUUGCGAAAUUAAAUAAAAGGCAAAACGUAACUAGAAAACCAAAGAAAAUGCCGCUCAUACGUUCGGCGAGUUUAAACUUAUUUAUUGAAAUCAGUGUCCGCAUAGCUUUACUUUCAGCUUUUUGCUACAUGGAAACCAUGUCUCCCUACGUCCGCGUCAUCCAGCCAGCAGACCUGGAGUCCUCACUAAAGUACCCGCGACACGAGUCCUAUGUGCCAGGGCAUAUGCUUUGGUCUAUAGUGCUGGCGGUGCCUUGUCUGCUCUCGAUCAUAGCGUGGGCUGUUUGCAAUGACUGCAAUGAUGCUUUAGAGUUCCUUUUGGCGUGGUCUCUAGCUCUGGGCAUGAAUGGAGUCACCACGAACAUGGUUAAACUAAUAGCAGGACGACCGCGUCCGGACUUUUUCUACCGUUGCUUUCCGGACGGUAUCGAGACCAUGGAUUUGCAGUGUACCGGCGACCCGGACGAGAUCAUGGACGGACGGAAAUCGUUCCCGAGUGGACAUAGCAGCUUAUCAUUUUGCUCACUGGGCGCGGGCAGCCUGUGGCUAUGUGGACGGCUGCGGGUGCUGUCGCGGCGGCGAGGCGGCGCGCGGCUGGUGCUGUGCGCGGCGCCGCUCGCGCUCGCCGCGUGCGUGGCGUUGAGUCGCAGCUGCGAUUAUCACCAUCAUUGGGAAGACAUCCUAGUCGGCUCCGUUCUCGGCUUCACGACAGCCCUCAUCUGUUACCGCCAAUACUACAACCCGCUAUCCUCAGACCUCGCAGGGGUCCCGUACAUAGCGUCCAACGCCGAACUAGCGCAAUACGUGAACGGGACAGACAGCCCCAGUAAAGAGCGAGACGAAAACACACCGCUGCUGAAGAAGGUAGACAAAUGGAUAUAGUUUAUUGACUUUGCCCGGGAGUCGUUUUCUAGGUUUUCGGGGUAAAAUAUCCGAAACCUAGAAAAUAACUUCCGAAUUUGUGAAUUUUUGAAUUUGAAGAAAAAUUUACCUAUUUGAAAAAAAAAACAGUUAUGUGUGGCAUAUCGUAAACGGGACAGACAACCCUAGUAAAGAGCGAGACAAAAACACACCGCUGACGAAGAAGUUAGACAAAUGGAUAUAGUUUGUGUUGACUUUGCCCGGGAGUCGUUUUCUAGGUUUUCGAGGAUUUUCACAUUCCGAAUUUGCCCUGUAAUAAAAAGAGAUAAAAUAUUUAUGAUGAGACGGUUAUGUGUGACAUAUCGUAAGAGUUUAACGGAUGAAUUCUUAAAAAAAAAUCCUUUUAAAGGAUUUAAAGUUCGGAGCAAACUCCAUAGAAGUAAGAAUAGGUAUCUGAAUCAUGUAUUUAUGUUGGGAAUUUUGAAGUAGGUAAAUAUAAUAUGUGAUGCUAGUCCAGAUUAUUUUAACAUUAGCUUAAAGUGACCGAUAAAAUAGUAGGUACAUUACGAUACAAGUGCGAAGAAUAGGAAAUAUUCGCACAUGUAUCGUACAACGUUUUACAGUACAUAUUAUGGCCCUUUAAAUUUUCGACAUAGUUCCGUAAUGUGCUAAUUAUCCCACUAGUGCGGUCAAGUAGCACCAUAUGUACUGAAAAUCUCAUUUUUACUUCUGCUGAGUUUUUUUUAAAUGUUAAAUAACAUUACUUUUUACUAUUUAAAUUACUAUCACUGUUGCAGUAUUUAAAGAGAUAUUUAAAUACUUACGCUUAAUUAUUGCUUAAGUGAAUUUGAUCUACGCGUUUAGUGGGCAAAGUAAGCUACUUUGGCAAACUUACCAGUUGUUUGAUAUUUGCCUUAAUUUGAUAAUGAAAAUACCCAUCGAAAUAUUAAUUUUCACGACACUAGCUCGUAAAGGUUCCUUUGAUUGUUCAAAAGCUGAUAAGAAAGCUGCAUUUUAUCCACAAGAGCAGCAAAGUCAUUUGGUGCAAAUUUUGAGAUGUUGCAUUAGGUAUAUUGGCUGGUAGCUUUUAAAUGAUGAUUUUGUACGAUAAAUAUAUAAUAACCUUUAAUUUGGUUUUAUUUUGUUUGAUGUUUUAUACUUAGUAUUUUUCUCACGUUGUCGUGGUGAACAUUUUUGUGUUUCACUCGGUGGCAAAAUGUGUUUAACCGUCGUGCCUUGAAACCCUCGCAACGCUCAAAAUUCCACUUUUAGAACCACUCGCUACGCUCGUGGUUUAAUUUUGGAAUCUUUCGCUUGCUCGGGUAUCAAUAUUAGCACGAGCGGUUAAACAAUAACUUUGCCCCCUUGUAAAACUAUUGUUUUGUUACCUUUAUGCAAUAGAACAACCUUGUAUAUUUUUAACAACAUCUUUUACAUUUUAAACCUAAUUGUAAAUGAUAUGUGUGAUAUCCAUAAAUGGUAGAAUCCUAUAGAUGUGCUAUACGCGUGCGCCCGUGAGGGACAGAACAUACGCAAUGCGAUCAAAUUAAAAACACGAUUUAACAUUCCUGACAACAUACCAAAAGCAACCUACGUAAUUUUGUCGGGUUAUUAGUUGCCAUCAUAAAAAAACGGUGGGCAACAAAAAAACGUCUACAGAAAGGAAAAGUGAGACUAUGACAAGGACAAACAAUAAUAACGCUUUUUCUGCUACUCCUACUGAAAGUACAUAAGACUAUCCCGUUCUGUCAAAUCACAUCACUCAUGCCCGAUCCAUACUAAAUACUACAUUCCUGGUUCUUAAAAAGAAAAAACACAAAUAAUAUGUAGUUACCUAUACCUAUUUAUAUUGAUGUGAAUGUUAUAUGUAUAAAUACUAUUUUAGAAACCAGUGUUAUAUUUUACAAAACAAGACUUGCAAGCUUGGAGACGGUUUUACCUGAUAGGCGGUCUUAACCACAUUGACAUUACCUAUAGGUACCUAUUUAUAUUUAAUUGAAUGUUAUAUAAAAUACUACUUUAGAAACUAGUGUUAUAUUUUACAACACAGGCCUUAUUGAGCUUACCGUGGGACUAGUGUCUGCAUACCAGAUCCGGAAUGUAUGAAAUUAUCCGGAUACCCGGAUCUCGGCGCUGCAAACCCUAUGUGGGACUUAGUCAAUUUCUCUAUGAAUGUCCUAUAAUAUUUAUUUAUUUUUAUUAUAGCCAAUAAAUAAAUAACGAACUAUAGAUGAAAACAUUUGUACAUACCUGAUAUAUACUGUAUAACAAGGACAGUAAAAAAGCAUAAUCUAAUUGAAUAGUGUGUUUUGACUUUAUGGAUGAUUGUCAUCUUGGUAAAUUCAGACCAAGAUAAGUCGGCAGCGAUUUUGACAGCCCAGACAGCGCAAGUGUCAUUUUAAUUGUCAAACUUCUCUAUGAAAUUAUGACGUUAACACUUGCACAGGCUGGCCUAUCAAAAUCGUUGCCAACUUAUCUUGGUCUGACUUUAGGCUUGUUGGUUAGACAUUUCAACUCUGUUUUAACGAAUAAAAGAGCCAAGCUCAUCUCAAAUCGUAAAGUCAUCCGAUAUAUCAUAGAGAAAUAUAAGAAAAGUGUGGUAACUCCAUACAUCUCACAUAACGUCGGGGAUAGUGCAAUACCGCGUAACUGACAAAUGCAGUAAGGUUCAAUUACCUUGUACAUUGUUUGAAUUUCGAACUCUUACGACUUUGUUAGUUGUGCGGUAUUGCACUAUCCCCGACGAUAACACAAGUGUCGCGACUGACGAAAAAUGUUGCCAAAUCAAUUUAAAUACAACUAAUAUUACAAGCAGAAGGAGUUGAUAAAAGAGUUCCGGAUAAUCCGGUUAUAAUAUUAGCUGAAAAUUGUUGAGCAUAAUAGUUUUCGUUUGUCGCGACAUCUAUUGUCAAUUAGCAGUACUGAUAGAUUCCGCUAUUUUACGCUAGAUGUCGACUGCGAACUAACUCGCGUUUUGGUAAGAAAACUGAUGUAUGGAACCAUUCUUUCUUUACUUAUAUUUCUCUAUGAAUAUAUCUAGAGAUAAUAUUAUAUUGUUUUAUUUUCAUGAUUCACAAGCGAAUGUAUAUUAUAAAUAUACUUAUAGUUGUUAUUUUUAUACAAGGUGUAACUAAAAUAGUAGGGAUCGGCGAUUUUUCGCUUUUUUAUGGGUUGGCCAACUUGGACGACCAGCUCCACAAAAAAAAUCGCAGUAAAUUUUUUCUUCUUAUUUUUCUAAUCAGAAUACGAUACCGGCAUAUUCCCUUAAAAGGAUCCCCACUUUAUUACACUCUGUAUGUACAGUCGCCAUCAGAUAUAUCGGAGCGGCCAGGGCGCUAACAAAUAUCUGAACACGCCUCUAUUGUCAAGGCAUUAGACAAUAUAUGGAUUAGAUUAGUGCGUGUUCAGAUAUGUUUGACCACCCCGGCCGCUCCGAUAUAUCUGAUGGCGACUGUACCAAAACAAUAAGUUACUAUUUAGCAUUAUAAAAGUUACAACCAAAUGAAUAAUGUAUUAAAAUAUAUAUUAAACGUUAUUUUUAGUACUGAAAAACGUUCCAGUUUAUAUUAUACAUAUUAUAAUAACUUUACAAAUCUCGUUAUUAAUGUUGUAAUCAUUGACAUACUAUACAAAAAUAAGGCGUCGUAAAAUUAUUUACCUUGCGGAACCGUAACUUUACUGUUGGGACCCAACUUCGCCCGAGUAAAAUAUUCAAAUGAUAAUUUUAUCCAGAAAAUAGAUAGGUAUGGAAUUCACAAUUAAUACAGCUGCGUAAAAAUAGUUUAUAGUAAAAAUAAUUCUAUUCUAUCUAUCCUUGCUGUUAAGCGGGUCCACACAGAGCGAGCAUACGCGCGCAGCUUCGGCCGAGGCACGUCUACACUGGCUGGUUUGUGCAUGAGGAAAUUGCCUCGCGCGUAUGUUCGCUCUGUGUGGACCCGCCUAUUCGUCCUCAACUUCGCCUUAUUAUUUUUUAUUAUGACAAGCUUUUAUUUAACUUGCAAUAUAGCUAUGUUUGUACGGGUCAAAUCUUGCAAGGCAAAUUUGACCCACUUCCCUGUUUCAGAUAAAGCUGAAAAUUUGUAUACAUAUGUACGUCGGGUGACAAUGCAAUUGGUACUAUAGAGCUGAUCUGAUGAUGGGGACAGGAGGUGGCCAUAGUAACUAUGUGAUAAAACAAUGCAACCUAAUUGUGUUUGGGGUUUUUAGAAUAAAUUAUAAUUUAUUUUUCAAAUUAAACUAAAAUGCGUCCUAAAAAUAAAUAAAAACUUUAGAAUUGGCUCGAUGACUAUUAGUUGCCUGUGGAAAGAAAAGUACAGUCAGGGAUAAAACUUGUACCAAAAAUGUUUUUUUUUUUGCCAAAAACUUAUGACAAUUAUACUAAAACUUAUUCCAAAUCCUAAAUGUUGAAUACGCUCUUGAAUUCCGUGAUACAAUUUAUAUUGGAAUUAUGAUUUAAUGAUAGUCUAGGCGAAGUUAUGUACUAAAGGCGAAUUUAGGGUAUGUAGUUUUUGCUAAACCUUAUUUUUAAUGUAUUGCAACAUUAAUAGUGGGGCUUGCUGAAAUAUAAAAUUUAAGUGCUGUUCAAGUAUUAUAGUUCGUGUCAUCCACGAUGACGCGCAGAUUUUUCAAAUCUAACCUUUAAUAACAUGACAAUACGACUCAAGGCACGCGUCUUCGUGAAUGGCACGAUCUAUAAUUGUAUUUUAAUAGUUAAUAACUUUGCAGAAUUAAUAUGGCUGUUUUAAUUUUAAUAAUUGUUGUUUAUCUUCCUAUUUAUAAGUAGGACCAUAGGAGUAGGACAUAAUAAAAUGUAUUUUGAAAUUAGUUUUUUUAUUGGGGUUUUUAGAAAAAAAAUAGGUAAGGUCACCCAGGGCAAUUGCAACCAUGGGUCCAAUGUAACUAUGUACUCUAAAAAUACGAGAAGUAAUGAGCUAGCCUAUUAUAUUCACGACAUACUUUCAACAGUCUUUAUAAUUCUCAUUAUUACUCACUUAAGAGUGCAUUUGUCUCAUAGUUGCAAUUACCCCACAGUUGCAAAUGCCCUGGAUGACCUUACUUCUUUUUUUUUUUGUUUAAACGAACAGGUUAUUUUGACUCAGAAUCGCGAGGAAUAUUGAUUAAAACGAAGAACUGUCCCCAGUAUUUAAUACAAAUUUUGGGUGUCAGUUCUGUGAUGGAUGUAUUACGGUCCAUACAUAAUGUAUGUGAAAAUGGUUUCCUUUUUAAAUCGAUGAUUUUGGAAAUAUAUAACCGAAAAGAUUUACAAGUACGCAAAGAAAAUGUUUUCUUUUUUCUAAAAAUUCUCUUUUAAUAAUGUUUUAUUAAUUAGUUACAAUGGCUGUAUGAAAAACAAUGUUAUAAUAUAAUAUAUUUUUAAUGAUAGUUUUUGACGUGAUACAAAUGUUACCUAUAUUU